UUUUUGAAAUUGCGGUCGAAUCUGUGUGACCUCUGCAAAAGUAGAUAUGCCAAUCUCCUUUCUGAUAUUAUUGAUCUUCUCAGAAAAGAAGGAAGCAAACUCAUUGCAUUUACUGUCGGAGAGCAUUUCACUGGGAAUCUGACUUGGGGGGGUUUGUAAGUCUCUCCACAGUAGCAAAAAGAGUGCGAGAGUUGUUUAAGUUACUGUUUAUAAGGUUUGAGAAGAAGGUCUGUCUAGCUGUGGCUAGUUCCACAUUGAAAGCAUGAAGGCUGUCUUUAUAGAUGCUAUAGUGAAUUUCAAGUUUUGUCUUCCGCCACAUCCGCUCAGCUUUUCUGCAUUGUCUUUUCAUACUCUGAGCUGCUGUUGAUUUUCUCCAUGGUGAUUUUUGUCUGCCAUUCUUCUUGCAGACCCUUGUCGGAGCAAUAUCAUCAAUAACAUUCUUAACUUUUGAGUUAAAAGAAUCCAGGAGAAGAUCAACAGAGUCUGCAGAAAUGCUUGGUGUUAAAGAUAUAGCCUUCAUAAAUAGCGCACUAGUUUUCUCAUUAAUGCAUCUCUUUCUGACAGAGACAUAUCUAGAUUCAGUGGUAACAGAGAUCAAUAUAUCAAAGAAAAUACAGAAGUGAUCAGAUAGUGCUAUUGUUAUUGCAUUUAUGAAACAGCAUUGCCUGCAUUGCCUGGUUACAAAUAACAGCUUUACCUGACUCCAGAAGUAGAAACAUUCAUUUUUACGCUGUAUUUUUGGGGUUUUAAGCUGAGAUUCAGAAACAACUGUUUUUGCUUUGACAUGGACAUUUGAAAAUGGAAAAAGAAGCACCAUUAGAUGAUAAUGUUUGCCCAAUUAUUACAAGCAAAAUAUAUUUGUAUGCACAUCAUUUUCAAAUCCAAAAUUCAUUCAGAAUAGCAUUAAUAUUCUUUACUUGGAACAAUCUGUAAUUGGCAUAAUUUUAAUAAACUCUAAUAAAUGCAUGCAUGCUCAUUUCAUGCUGUUCUCUUUAGUAGUUGCUGGUGAUGUUCAUUCUUACUGUUUAUUAUUCUCCAAAAACAUUUUGCAUCUAACAUCACCCAGCAUUAUGUGUUUGGAUCUGUGUACACACAUGAAACACAUCUGAUUACUGUAACGUGUUAUGCCCAACACUGAGCAAAAGGAAAGAUGAGCCAAACAAAAGCAGUCAGCAUAUUAAAUCCAAGAGGCACUUUCAGAUGCUUUCAUGUCAUGUGGUAAGUGGUAAUUUUAUUUAUGUCUAUUUUGCCGCAUUGUUGCAUUUAAAGACCCUGUAUAUGUUUGAAAGAUUAUACUACUCUUCUUUUUCUGGAAUAUUAAUACUUUAAAAAAGUAUGCAGUUUUUUUUAUGCAUACAGAUACCUGGAUGACCUACUAACCUUAAUGUCAUUAUUAAUUUUAUAUAAAUGUAAGUCACAUGUUAUUUGUGUUCACACUUUAUUUUUAUUGAUUGCAACAUUUCUUGGUGUAAGUUAUUGUUAUUGCAUUUAGUUUUACUCUUUAAACAUUUAACUCCUGUUGUUACAACCAAGGACAACUGUUUUUGACCGGCAUAAAGAAGAGGUAAUUAAAACAUUGCAAAUAUAUAAUUUAUAUUACAUUAUUACAUAUAUGUUAUUGCUUAUAUAAUAAUAAAUGUUAACCAUUUUUUUGUUCCACAGAUAAUGUUUGGCCUGUUAGUUGUGUGUGUGUGUGUGUGUGUGUGUGUGUCUUCUCAUGUUUGGAUUGAAAAUGAAAGCAUGGAGAGGUAUGUGUAUUUUUUAAUAUUGUGCCAUGAACAUGGUUGAAUUGUCUUUGUUUGACUACCAGUUGAUUCACCAAUGACAACUCUGGUCCUCGUAGAAAUGAUUCAUCACAAUGUUUCUUAAAGACUGCAGAAAUUCAUAUUCAAGGUAAAUACGUUUAUCAGUAAAAACAGGAUUUUGCAUAAAUGAAGUACAUAAGAUAAGAUUUAUGUUAUACCUUUUGAAGGUACUGUAUAUUUAAUAUAUCUGAUUUGUUCUAAUGAUUGCAGUAUCUUUUAUGAGAAUGUCGCUGGGAAUGUCACAGGAACGUGAUCUGAUUUUAGGUCAACAUAUACAUUAACUAUUGUUUCAUUAUAAUAUCAGAGCAACCAGAACACAACAGAACUGCACAAUGUAGUACACUGAUUAAAUGGCAAGCAAACCAUAGUUACACUCUCACACAACUUUAAAAGAAAUGAAAAACUGGUUUGAGGUAUUGUUAAGAGAUUAUACUUGGUUCCAGUGAUGAUCCACCCACAGUUAUUAAAGGCACUGAUAAGUGUGUGAGAUCUGCAGUUCAUCAUCACUGUAUUCAGCUGCUGAAGAGAAAUUCUCCCUGAGUUUGCUCUGCAGCAGCAUUUGACCUCAGGUCAGUUUGUCACAAUGAGGUUUAUAAUCUCACUGUGUGUUUCCCUGCUUCUGCUGGUUAAUGGUGAAAUAGUCAGUGGACAAACAUCAGUACCUACAGCUUCCAGCUCUGAUCCAUGCUAUAAUUAUACUACUCUUGAUGACUAUUGGAGAGACAUACGGCAAUAUCACUACUAUGGCUAUAAUGACACCCUUGUUGAAUGGAGUGGCUGGUAUCGGCUGUAUCUGAAUGGAGAAAGUGCCCAGAUGUCUGAGUGGUGUGUGAGUAAUGUGGGAUGUGGUGGUGAAACUGGACUGUAUCUCAACGACUCUCAUCCAACACUUGAGGAUGGAGUGGUGACCCGUGAAGUUGUAGGAACUUAUUUGUGGCAGUGGUGGGAAUAUUCCAAUCAGUGUGGCGCCUACACAUCUACGUCCAUCCAAGUCAAAGCCUGUGCAGGAGAUUACUACAUCUAUGAAUUUGUCAAACCCAACAUAUCAGCCCCCAGUCCUACAUACUGUGCAGUUUCUUUCAGCAACAUCAGCAGUGAUCCCUGCUACAACUAUGAGUCUCUGGAUCGUCCCUGGAGAGCCACCAAUGAAAGUGGAGAUUACAUUUGUGAUGAACAUUUCUCCUGGAAUGGCUGGUACCGGCUUUUCUACAAUGGAAUGAACAUCCAGAUGUCAGAGACCUGUAGUAGUUCAUACAGCUGUAACACAUAUUAUAGUCUGUGGCUCAAUGGUCCUCAUCCUGAGAUAGAGGAUGGAGUGGUGACCAGAGAGGUCUGUGCAGGGUCUUAUUGGAGCGGCUGCUGUAAUUACAAAUCAAACCCCAUCAGAGUGAAAGCAUGUCCAGGCAAUUACUAUGUCUAUGAACUUGUGAAAUCACAAUUCUGGUGUUCAGGAUACUGCACAGAUGUCAGCACCAUUUCACGGCCAGUUUUCACUGUAAGUCCAGAUAUAAUCACUGGAUCCAGCAUCACCUUGAAUUAUGACCCGUGCAAUAACUACAACAUACAAGACAACCACUGGAGAAGCACACUCAAUUACUGGUCUAUGUAUGGAUACAUCUCUGAUCAUGAUGACACUCGUGUUGAAUGGGAUGGCUGGUAUCGACUCUUCAUUAAUGGAUCAAGUGCUCAGAUGCCUGAGUGGUGUAUGUCUUACAUGUCAUGUGGAGGUUAUAGUUCUCUGUGGCUUGGUGGCUCUCAUCCACAGCUAGAAGAUGGAGUUGUUACUCGUGAAAUUUACGGCUCUCGCCAUGAUCAGUGCAGUCGGUACAGAUCCGAACCAAUCCAAGUCAAAGCUUGUCCUGGAGAUUAUUAUGUCUACAAAUUUACCAGACCAACAGUUUCAAUCCCAGCUCCUGUAUAUUGUGCAGUACCUUUCUCCACCCUAAGUGUUGAUCCCUGCUACAACUACACCAGUCUGGAUGAGUCUUGGAGAGCCACAGACAACUAUUACUAUAACAACUAUUACUACUAUGGCAUGUGUGAUUAUAAUGUGGAGUGGAAUGGCUGGUACAGGCUGUUCUACAAUAGUCAAAAUACUCAGAUGCCAGAAUCAUGUGUUAAUCAGUACAUGUGUGGAACUUAUGAGCCUCUGUGGCUCAAUGGCCCUCAUCCACAGCUGGAAGAUGGAGUGGUCACCCGUCAGGUCUGUGUCUCCUCAUGGAACGGCUGCUGUACUUACACGUCCCACCCUAUACGAGUCAAAGCCUGUCCUGGAAAUUACUAUGUUUAUGAGUUUGUCAAGCCAACAUUUUGUUCAGCUUACUGUGCAGAUGUCAGAAGCCUUAAUGAGACAUCAGCCAGUGACUCCUGUUCUGAACUCAGCUGCACAGAGGAUGAAUGGUGUGGAGAGAAAAACGGUGUCUAUGGCUGUUUGUGUAACGAGAACCAGACCAGACCAGAUUCUUUUGAUUUCUCAGAGACCUGUGAAAGCAGCUCUGGCUCCAUGUCUGUGUCUCGCUGUCAGCUCUUUGAGGCUGGUUUUCCAGCUGACGUCUUACAUCUCAAUGAUCCCAGCUGCAAAGGAACGGUCCGGAAUGGCAGAGUGGAAUUCCAUUUUGAUAACGAUGAACACAUCUGUGGCACAAAUCUUGUGGCCAACGGCACCCACUUCAUCUACAGUAACUUUAUUCUGGGGACACCGAGGUCAGAAGGUCUCAUCAGCAGAGAGAAAAUCCUUAAGCUUCCUUUCAGCUGCGUUUAUCCUCAAACACAAUCACUUUCCAUGAAUGUGGAAAUCAACUCACUGGAGAGCAUUGUGCACAAGAUCCUCCCCGCUGGUGAAGGCAGAUAUCAGGUUCGGAUGACUCCAUAUGAGGAUGAUGAGUUUACCCGGCCCUUCACUGGUAGAGUGGAUGCAGAGCUCGAGCAGAAGAUGAAUGUGGAAGUUCGUGUUGAGGGGGUUGACAGCCGUCAGUUUGCCCUGGUGAUGGACACGUGUUGGGCUACACCUGUGAAUGAUCCUGAUUACAGUCUCCGCUGGGAUCUCAUCGCCACAGAGUGUCCCAAUCCAAAUGAUGACUCAGUGGAGCUGCUGCAGAACGGUGUCUCGACAUCCAGCCGUUUCUCCUUCAGGAUGUUCAUCUUCACUGAAAACUCCACUAAGCUUUACCUGCACUGUGCUGUUCACCUUUGCCUUCUGUCAAGCAAUCGCUGCUCAACGGAUUGUAACUCUGGACACCAUCGGAGAGAGCGCAGGUCUCUGGACUUCCAUCACAGUGCUUCUAUAUCCAUGGGUCCUCUGAUGUUGUCUGACAGGAACGCAGAUAAGUGGGUCCCAGAGCAAGUGAAGGUAUCUGAGGCUUCUUGUCUGUGUGCUUCUCUGAUGCUGUUACUUGUUCCUCUGAUGAGUGUCCUGACUCUCUUCUAGUAUAUGUCCACAAAAACAUGGGUAACACUUUAUAAUAGCUUUCAUUUAUAAAUCAUUUACAAAUAUUAUAUAAUGCUUAACAGAUCAUUAGUUAAUAUAUAUGAAACUAUUCAUCAUUUGUAAAUGUUUAUAAAUGAUUACUAAUCAUUUAAUAUCUUUAUGGCCAUUUGACUGUUAGCUACUUUAACAAGAUUCAUGUAAAGGGUGGCGGGUUAAGUUUAGCUAAAUACUUGCUAAAGACAGAACAGAUUGUAAUUUUGGUGCAAAACAUGUUUUUAUUGCUUCAACACUCAUAUUAGUACACUACUCUUCAGUAUAUAUAUAAAAAAAACAAACAAACAGGAUAUUCCCUUAAUUAUACAUCUACAGGGGAAAACAAAUCUUUUUUUUUUAAAGAAAAUAAACAAUAUAAUAUAAACAGAUUGAACUGUCUUCCCUUAUAGUAAUCAAAUUGACCCCUGAACACUUCUGACCCCUUAAAUCUACCCAAAGCUGUCCCUAACCUUACCUGGAUCACACCUCAAUAGCAGCAAAAGAGUUAUGCAUUAUGCAAAUGUUGUAGAUUUUCAGUAAGUGCUUGAUCAUAUGGAAGCGAAAGUUUAAUUACAUUUGUAUGCAUUUUAACUUGA